CGGUUAGCGUUCAAAUCUGCUAUGCUAGCUGCAGUGUGCUAAUAGCUGCUUCUGGCCUGUAGUGCAGUAGAGAGAGAAACUAAAGAGGAGAGAGUGAGAGAGGAGCUGGGCUCAGGAAUGACGGUGUUGCAGGAACCUGUCCAGGCUGCUGUCUGGCAUGCGUUAAAUCACUAUGCCUACAGAGACGCCGUGUUCCUAGCCGAGAGGCUUUAUGCUGAAGUGCAUUCAGAAGAAGCACUCUUCCUUCUGGCUACGUGUUACUAUCGCUCUGGAAAAGCUUACAAAGCCUAUCAUCUUCUCAAAGGCCACAGCUGCACCACACCACAGUGCAAAUACCUCCUCGCCAAGUGCUGUGUGGAGCUCAGCAAGCUGGCUGAGGGUGAGCAGAUCCUUACAGGAGGCGUUUUAAACAAACAGAAGAGCCAGGAUGAUAUUGUCACAGAGUUUGGUGACUCCUCCUGUUUCACCUUAGCGCUGCUUGGCCAAAUUUACUGCAAAACAGAUCGCUUAUCAAAAGGAGCAGAAUGUUAUCAAAAGAGUCUAACUGAAAAUCCCUUUCUCUGGUCACCCUUUGAAUCCCUUUGUCAGAUUGGUGAACGACCAGAUCCCGAGCAGGUCUUUAAACUGACGUCUCUGCAGAACUUCAGUUGGGGCAGCGGAGGAGGCACAAAUUAUUUCCCAAUGAGCCCUGCUCACACUCCCAGCCACAACAUAGCUCACAGACAGAUCGACUCGGUCCUCAUGGAGACGCCUCAGGACACACUGGAACUGAAUCGUCUCAAUCUGGAGUCGUCCAACUCAAAGUACUCGUCUUUAAACACGGACUCCUCCAUGUCUUACAUUGACUCAUCGGUCAUCUCGCCUGAUUCUGCACCUCUGGGCACAGGCGGCUCUCUGCUGUCCAAGCAAGUACAGAACAAACCCAAAAGUGGACGAUGUCUACUGGGAGGCACCGCCACAAUGAGCCCAAUCACACCCAGUUUUGGUAUCUUACCUCUGGAACCAAGUCCGGGUGACCCUGUCUAUCUGCAGAACUGCAGUCACAGUGGUACGGGGAUGGUGCCACCACCACCACCUGGCCCAACAAAGAAGACUGUCAGUAGAAUUAGUCAGGUGGGGACGAAAUCAGUGUUUGCACAGAGUGGAAACAGUAGAGAGGUGAUACCAAACCCAUUUAAUCAGACACAGACCACUGCACCACAGACCAGUACUACACCUCAAGUAUUGAGUCCUACCAUCGCUGCUCCUCCCAACGUGCAGCCUCGGCGGAGUUCCAGACUUUUUACCAGUGCCAGCUCAACUGCCAAGGAAAACAGCAAGAAGUUAAAAAUGAAGUUUCCCACCAAGAUCCCCAACAGAAAGACCAAGACGAAAACGGGGAAGGGUGGAAUCACUCCGUCCAGUCUCAAUGAGAGCAUUGAAAUCCUCAAGCUGGACUCAUCUAUAUCUGAGGGAAGGGGCAAUAUCAGCUCACCCCAGUUUCAGGCCUUCACAAUGCAGAAAGCUGCAGCAGACGGCUUGAUGUCGUUAAUGCGAGACAUUGGGCGGGGCUACUUGGCACUGUGUUCGUAUAACUGCAGAGAGGCCAUCAACAUCCUCAGCCAGCUUCCUGCACAUCAUUACAACACUGGGUGGGUGCUGGGACAGAUCGGACGGGCGCACUUCGAACUGGCAGAGUACAUGCAGGCCGAGAGAAUCUUCUCAGAAGUGCGGCGCAUCGAAAGCUACCGGGUAGAAGGCAUGGAAAUCUAUUCCACCACACUCUGGCACCUACAGAAAGACGUAGCACUGUCUGCACUCUCCAAAGACCUCACAGAUAUGGACAAAAACUCACCAGAGCCCUGGUGUGUAGCAGGGAACUGUUUCAGUCUGCAACGAGAGCACGACAUUGCUAUCAAGUUCUUCACGCGGGCCAUCCAGGUGGACCCGAGCUUCGCCUAUGCCUACACGCUGCUGGGCCAUGAAUUGGUGCUCACGGAGGAGCUGGAGAAAGCACUGGGCUGCUUCCGCAAUGCUAUCCGUCUCAACAAACGCCACUACAAUGCUUGGUAUGGGUUGGGAAUGAUCUACUACAAGCAGGAGAAGUUCAACCUGGCUGAAAUUCAUUUUAAGAAGGCUUUGAGUAUUAAUCCCCAGAGCUCUGUACUCCUCUGUCACAUCGGUGUGGUUCAGCACGCAUUAAAGAAAUCUGACCAUGCAUUAGAGACGCUAAACAGAGCGAUUAGCAUCGACCCCAAGAACCCACUAUGCAAAUUUCAUAGGGCUUCUAUACUCUUUGCUAAUGAAAAGUACAAGGCAGCUCUACAGGAGCUCGACGAGCUGAAACAGAUCGUGCCCAAAGAGUCUCUUGUUUACUUUUUAAUAGGAAAGGUCUAUAAAAAGCUCGGUCAGACUCACUUAGCCCUGAUGAACUUCUCUUGGGCCAUGGACCUAGACCCCAAAGGGGCCAACAAUCAGAUCAAAGAGGCCAUAGACAAGCGUUACCUCCCUGACGAUGAGGAGCCGGUCAUCCCCGAUGACUUCCCCUACUACUCUACGGAGGUGGAGGAGUCGCAGGAGAGCAGCAUGACGGACGCGGACGACACACAACUCCACACUACGGAGAGUGACGAGGUCCUGUAACACUGGCUCCUGACUGAACUCUUAAUAAGAAUUAUGCCAACAUGGGGAUUCCCAGUUCACAAUAGAAUAUAAAAAAAAGAGACACAAAUAGAGGAAAGGAGAAGAAGAAUAACAAAGGAAAGACAAACUGCUGCUAAUACAGUACCUCCUCAUUUCUCAUUUUUUUAUGAUUAUUUUUUGGUUUUAUUUUUAUUGUGCUUUUGUUUCCUGUUUGUCUGUUUUUAUUUUAUUCCUGAUGGUUUCUGUCAUUAUGCCUUACUGCUGGAGGGAAUCGUCCUCAUCCGGCUUUCACGCACAUGUAAAAGUGGGGUAUUUUACUGUCAAAAAAUGCUACUCCGUUCACAUCAGCUGUUUCUGAGACCCGUUUCUUUCAGUCGUUGAGAGCGGAAGAAGAAUAAAAAAAGAAAAACAAAAGAAAGCAAGCCAGAGACCUUCAUGAACAUUUGUCUUAAAGCCUAGGCCUUUGUGUUCUUUUUAUUCACAUUUACCUGAAAUAAAGAUCUGCGUAAGAGUU